AUGGCUGUCAGACCUCUGGUCAACCCCGGUCUUGGUGAGUGCACAGUGUGGAUGCCGCAGCGAAGGAUGAUGGGACAUUGCGCAGGAAAGAUCUGCUCACCAUCUCCUUGCUCGCCCUCUUCCCUCUGCUGCGCCAAAUCUUCGACAGCCGGCUGCUGCACCAUCCUCUCCAUUUUUGGCAUUCUCUCGCUCGGAGUCAUAGGCUACGGCUUUGCACACAACUGGGAAGCAUUCAUGGGCUCCAUCAACGACCCUGUGGAUGGUCAGGCAGUAGCUAGCACCUGCUACGUCGCUGCUCUCGUAUUCGUGGGAUUUGUGGGCUUUUGCGGCUGUCAGGUGGGUCAUGCUAGGUAUGCUAGAGGCAUCGCUUUGGAUUGAGGGUUGUGCCUCGAUGCGCGCCUGACAUCUUCAACAGGUGAGCGCGAAGCUGGAGAAGGCCGAGGGGUGCAUGGAUGCAGAAGCGAUGGAGUGGUGUGGUACAAGCUGGCCGGGGACGACUAUGUCGACUAUGUGCGGAAACAACAAUAUGGAAGAACCUGCAAGGUGUAGCGCGUACCACAUGUAAGCGCUUUUCCAGACGUACAUCACGCCUUCGGCGAAGGAACGCAGCCGCAACGUGGUGUGGUGCGGCGUGGUCAGCCACGCCUGAGAGAUCGCUGUCAUCGCGGUCGUUGGACAUGGACGUUUGCCGGGCUUCAGCAUGAAAUCUGCGCUGACACCGAGCCCUUGCUCCUCGCCCUCACGCGACGCUGUGACCUUGCCAGCCGCCUCGUUGCUUUUAGAUUCCUGCGUCAAGUCACCAAUCCUUCGACGCUGA